AUGAUAAUCAAAUGUCAAUCAAGCGGACUUGCUUCACUUCACGUUCUUACUUCCCCUGGAACGCCUAUCAACAGAUUACCGAUUAUGGCGAAGUCUGUGCUGGAUCUGUAUGAAUUGUACAACUUGGUGAUAGCUCGUGGUGGAUUGGUGGAGGUGAUCAACAAGAAACUCUGGCAGGAGAUCAUCAAGGGACUUCGGCUGCCAUCGUCUAUCACUUCGGCUGCAUUUACACUAAGAACACAAUAUAUGAAGUAUUUAUACGACUAUGAGUGCGAGAAGAAAAACCUGUCAACCCGCAGUGAGCUGGACGCAGCCAUCGAGGGCAACAAGCGGGAGGGGCGCCGUGCCUCUGGACAGUACGACGCACAGGCAGCACUCUCUAUGCCCCCCCUGAACCGCGGAGUCCCGGCGUCCCUCGCGCAGCUGUCCCAGCACAUGCAGCCCCUGUCCCUGUCGCUGGGGGGCACUGUGCCCCGUCUGCCCCCUCUGCCCCCACACGCACCUCAUAUCUCGCAGCACGACAUCGAGUACCGAGUCCGCGAGUACAUGAAGAUGAUACAACAGCAACGCGAGCUCAUCAGAAAUGGUUCUGAAUCACCCCCGGGUGCGCCGAUGAUGUCUCCCCGCGACGCGUUGUCCGCCAUCGACGUGUCGCGUCUCACUCUGUGGUCUCUGUACAACAACAACAACAACAGCCCGCAACCAGACAUCGAACCGCAACGAGAGGCGUUGAACCUGAGCGAGAGCCCGAACUCCAGUAACGGCGGCAUAAAACGCGAGGCCUGCCGCUCCCCCCCUCCGCCGGCCAAGCGCCGCACCCCUCGGCCCCCCUCGCCCGCGCCACGCUCGCCCCCCGACACCAAGCCUAUCGCGCACCUCAACGGCAACUCCGGCCUCAACAACGGCGUCAGUGGCGCCGCAUUCAAGAUCUCCACUCGGGGUGACGCAAGCACAGGUGAUCAAAAACUCGUCGUAUCCAUAGAGCUCAACGGUGUGACAUACGAAGGUGUGCUCUUCCCCUCACAAAACGGAAACGGGCAAAACCACCGACAAAUGGUUUCCUAA